GAGGACCCGGGUGGGUGUCGGCGCAGCAGCUCCUCACCAGGGACCCAGGUGUCCCCCCCUGCAGUGUCCGUCAUGGCCCUCAAGCAGCCCAAUGUGGAGGCCUUCUGCCAGCGAGCACCCACCUUCCUUGACUACCUGCACAACGUCCUGCAGAAGUACCCCGACGGGGGGCAGAUCUUCAAGGAGCUGGUGCAGAAUGCGGACGAUGCUGGUGCUAACGAGGUCGUGCUCGUGUCCGAUGAGCGGGAGUUCGACGUCACCAGAGGGGGACUGAAGGGCACCCAGGGCCCAGCCCUCCUGGCCUACAAUGACGCCCCAAUGUCCCCCCGGGACUGGACAGGGCUCAUGCGCCCAGGGGUGUCGCACAAGCGGGAGGACCCCAGCACUGUGGGACGCUUUGGCCUGGGCUUCACCUCUGUCUAUCACCUGACCGACCUGCCAGGUGUGCUGAGCCCCCCAUCCUUGGGAGUGCUGGACCCCGAAUGCCAGGUGCUGUCAGAUGCCGGUGGCCGCUGGGACAUCUCUGCAGCCCAGGACUUUCCUGGUCUUUUCGAGCCCUUCUGGGCUGGGCUGGAAGCUGUGGGACAGCACCGUGGCUCUGCCCAGGGCACCCUCUUCCGCUUCCCCCUCCGCCGGCACCCCUCAGGAAUCGCUGCAGGGGUCUCGGAUCCUGAGCGCCUCCGUAGCCUCCUCCAGGCCUUCCUCACCGAGGCCCCUCUUGCCCUCCUCUUCCUUCGCCAUGUCCGCCGUGUGGCCCUGCACCGCGUGGCCCCUGAUGGGGUCCAGACCCUCCUGGGGACCCUUGUGGCAUCCCCUCAGCCUCUCCCUAUCCCAGGCCCAUCAGGGGAUGAGGGGCUGAGUCUGGCGUGGUGCCUGAUGGCCCUGCACAGGGAUGGGGGGCGGGACAGGAGUGAGUGGCUGGUGGCCACAGGCAGAGCCACGGAGGGGCCGGCAGUGGCGCUGGGCGCAGGGCUGGGGUGCUGCCCCGAGGUAAGCCUGGCGCACCCCCUCCGUGGGCCCUGCCGAGGCCGGCUGUGCUGCUUCCUACCCCUGCCAGCCACAGACGAGACGGUCACAGAGCUGCCCCUCCACGCCAGCGCCCCCUUCGCCCUCUCCGACGACCGCCGCCACCUCCGCUGGCCUGAGGAGGGUGAGGAGGGCGAGAAGGGUGCCCGCUGGAACGCCCUGCUGCUCCUUGGCCUCCUGCCGCGGGUCUACAGGCACAUGGCUGCCGUGGCCGCGGCUCUGCCUGGGGCAGACGCCUACAGCAUCUGGCCAGACCCCGAGCGCACGCCGAGCUCUGGCCGCAUCCGCACUUUGGUGACCCAUGUCUGCCAGGAGCUGGCAGCUGCCUGCACCCUGGCGCCAGCCGCAGAGAGUGUCACAAGGUGGCUGCGGGCCCCUGAGGCCCUGCUGCUGCCGGAGGCCGCGGGGGACAUGGCCACACAGCGGGUGCUCCGGGCCUUGCUGGUGGCAGCUGGGGAGCCGGUGGUUGAGGUCCCAGCCCAUGUCCGGAGGGCGCUGGCUUUGGGGAUGGCGGAGGGUGUGCGGGAGGCCACGGCCGGCCACGUGCGGGAGGUGCUGCGGCGCCAUGGGGACGCAGGCCUCCCGGCUGCCGACCGGCUCUCCCUGCUGCGCUACGUGGCCGGGGAUGGGUGCCAUGCUGACCUGCGGGGUCUCCCCCUCCUGCCUCGCGCCAAUGGGACCUUCGUGGCCUUUGGGACUGCGUCAGACAUUGUCUACGUGGACACGUCCGACUGCCCCAGGGAGCUCCUGCCUGGCCUGGCCGGGUCCUUCCUGCCGUCGGACCUGGAGCCAGGCUUGGACAGCCUCCUGCGAGGCAUCGCCAAGGCAGGUCUCUUCCCCAACCUGGUUGUGCUGGACCCAGCCGUGACUGCCCAGACCCUACGCUUGGCUCUGCCCUCCACCUGGACGUCCCAAUCUUCAACCCCAGUGACCUGGUACCCAGCUGAAGGCCCCCCGCAGCCACCAGCCUCCUGGUUCUCAGCCCUGUGGCAAUUCCUGGCUCACCACGUGGAAGACCUGGGCCCUCUGGAGGGGCUCCCUCUCAUCCCUCUGUCCGCACUGGAUGCCCCUAGCAUCCGUCUGGCUCCACUGAUACCCCAGUCUGGACUUAUCUUCCAGGCAUGGGAGGACCAGUGCCUGCCACCUGCUGUGACCUCUGUCCUGGAAGCCCUGGGUUGCCCAGUGGUGCCACCAGGCACGUGGCACCGCUGCCUGUCCCGCUAUGUCCUGCCUCCAUCCCCCCUCAAUGCCUUGCGGGCCCUUGGCAGGCAGGAGACUGCAGUUGUGGCCUCCCGCCUGGCCACACUGCCUGCUGCGGAUGUGGACACCCUCCGGCUCUAUGUGGCAGACAUCCCAUCCCUGACAGAGCAGGAUAGGGCCACACUGGCUGCCCUGCCCCUCUUCAGCCCACUGCCCUGCUUGGCCACCCCGCAGCCCACGGAACUGGUACCGGCUGGUGACACCCCGGCGCUGGAGCCACAGCUGGAGCUGCCCAGAGAGGUGGUGCUGCCAAAGGCCAUGUUGCAGUGCCGGGAUGAAGUUGACCGGCGGCUCCUGGAGAGGCUCCAGAGGUCCUUCAUCGGUGCAGCCCACGUGGCGCUGGAGGCCAUCAGAGCCGUGGCCUGUGGUGCCUAUGCAGGGCGAGCGGCGGAGACAGAGGCUCUGCUACUCUGGGUGCUGCAGCACGGAGACAUCCUCUUUGCACAGAGUCCCCCGCUCCUCCAAGCCUGCAGCACGCUGGCCUUCCUGGAGACCCCCAAGGGCCCUAGGUGUCCGCGGGACCUCUACGACCCCUGUGAGAGCACCUUGCAGGCACUGCUGGGCCCUGAGCACUUUCCUCCUGCCGCCUUCUGCAGUCCACCUGUCCUCCGUGCCUUGAGAGCCCUGGGCUUGCGGCACGGCGAGGGGUGCCUGUUGCCUUUGGACAUCCUAGAGGCUGCAGCAAGUGUCAGUCAGGGUGACACAGCGGCUCUGGACAGGGCACAGGCACUGAUCAAGGUCUGCAACUGCCCCAAGACACUGGCUGGCUUCAGCAGUGCAGAGCUUAGGCAGCUCCAGGCCCUACCAUGGGUACCUCAUUCCAAGUGCACUGGAAAGCCAGACCGGCCCUUCCUGCCCCCCAAGGAGCUGCGGUCUGCCCAGUACCAGCCGCUUGUGGGGCUGGCCAUGCACCUGACUGACGCCUUUGUGCCAGAGGCAGAGAAGAAACUGGGACUGAGCCAGACCCCGCCACCCGAGAGAGUGUGGGAGCAGCUGAGACAGCUGGCAGGAUGCAGGGACAUGGGUGAGGUGGGUCCCGCACUCCAGCCCGUCUACAGGCACAUGCAGGAAAACCUGAAGACCUUUGGGGCUGCCCCAGAUGAUGCUGUGGUGUGGACCGGGAAUGGGUUUGCCCUGCCGUGUGAUGCUGUGCUGGCCUGUCCUGAGGAGCUGGAGCUGGGGACACUGGUGCCCCAGGUGCCCCCUGACUUUCUGCCCUACAGCUGCCUCUUCAGGGCCUGGGGAGUGGAGGCGAGGGUGAGUGAGGAGAGGGCGGUUGCAGCCCUGCGCUGCCUGGGGCAGGACAUAGAUGCACGCAGCUCCAGAGCUGGCACUGCAGCAGAGCUACAGGUGGCUGUAGCUGUCCUGGAGUGGCUUAAGAGCCGGGGGCACCAGGGCGGGGGCACGGUGCCAGUUCCCGUGAGGGUCCCGGAAGGCUCGGGAUUUGCCCUCCGUCCAGCAGCUUCUACUGUGUACCUGGACAUGGAGCUGGAGGCAGAGGAGGAUGUUCAGGAGGUGGUGCAUGAGGCAGUGCCAUCCACCACGGCCAUAUUCCUCGGCACGGAGCUGCUCAGUACGCGGGUGCUGGGGCCGGAGCCAUUCACAGCCUGCGGCCCCUCAGAGCCCAUCACCUUACGGCUUCGCAACAUUCUCCGGGAGUAUGGUGAGGAAGGUGACAUCUUCACAGAGAUCGUCCAGAAUGCAGAGGAUGCUGGAGCCACUGUGUGCCGCUUCCUCCUGGACCUCCGACGCUGCAGAAAGGCCAACUCUGGGCUGCUAGACCCCGGCAUGGCUGCCUGCCAUGGCCCAGCUCUCUGGGCCUACAACAAUGCCUUGUUCACAGAGGAUGACUUCCAUAACAUCACACGGGUUGGGGCUGCUACGAAGGAGGGCCAGGCAGGCCAGAUUGGACGCUUUGGGCUGGGCUUCAGCUCUGUCUACCGUGUCACAGAUGUGCCAGCAGUGCUGAGUGGGGAGACACUGCUCAUCUUUGAUCCCAAUGGCACCCAUCUGAGCAAGCACAUGCCCAGGGCUGGCAGCCCUGGCAUCCGCCUGGACUUUUCCAGACGACCACGCAUCCUCCGUGCCUUUGCUGAGCAGUUCUGGCCUUACCACGGUAUCUUUGGGUGCCGCCUGCCUGAGCCAGGACCCUUCCCAGGGAGCCUUUUCCGCCUGCCUUUCCGCACUGAAGAGGAAGCUGUGACAUCACAGAUUUGCUCAGAGGCCUUUGGUACAGAGCGCAUCAAGUCCCUUGGCACCGGCUUCCUUGGCUCUAACCGGCUCCUGCUGCUCUUCCUGCGGAAGGUGAGGGAGAUGUCCCUGGAGGUGCUGCCAGACACGGCCACCUCUGUGGAGGAGACCGUGCCUCUGGCCAUGCUGCGGCGAAAGGAGAUCCGAGACUUGGGAGCCCCUGGGGACCCCUCAAGCUGGGCAGCCCUCGAGCAGCUCACAGCCUGUGAGGAGACAUCCAAGACCACAUGGCGCUACCUAGUUUUGGUGUGCCAGGAUGAUGGGGAGUUGCUGGAACUGUUUCACCGGAACACACAGGCAGGGCUCCACCCUCUGCCUCCCAUGGCUGGUGUGGCCCUUCCCCUUGCCCGAACUGCAGAUGGCAAGUGGAUGUCACAUCCGGAUGCUGAGGAGGGGCAAGUCUUCUGCCACCUUCCCAUGCCAAUUGCCUCAGGGCUGCCAAUCCACGUGCAUGGAGCCUUCAGCAUCCUCUCAAACCGCAAGGGGCUGUGGGACACAGCGGAGCAGGGUGAGUGGAACCGGGUGCUGCUCCGCAGUGCCGUGCCAGCUGCCUGGAUCCGGGCGCUGGACCACCUCCGCACCAUGCAUGAGGCAGGUGAAUUGGAGAGCUAUGAAUAUCAUGUCUUCUGGCCGGACAUUAACACCGCCCGUUACCCCUUUACGGAGGCUGUGACUGGUUUCUACCAGGCUUUGGCAGCCAGGAAUGGCCCCAGGCUCUUUUCGGAUGGCUGCUCAUGGUGCUCACUGCAGGACGCCCGCUUCCUGCACCAGGCUGUGAUCAGACACCCCACUCUGGGUGCCAUAGCGAGGCGUGUCUUUGCCACCACCCUGCCCCAUCCCUUGUUACCUGUGGCAUUGCCAGAGCAGGUGCGGAGGGGCCUGGGGAAGGCAGUGGAUGCUGGCACCUAUGACUGGCCCCGCUUUUACUGCGAGCUUGUGCUUCCCAACUUGGAAGACCUCUCUGUUGUUGACCGGGAUGCACUGCUUCUCCAUGCGUUGGAUAUGUCCCACGAUGAUGUGAACAAAGUGCUGCAGACAGUGCCCUGCAUUCCUGCCACCCCUCAUGGCCAGCUGCAGCUCAUCAGUUACCUGGUGCAUCCCAGAGGCCGCGCUGCCUCUCUCUAUGACCCUAAGGAUGGGCGCUUCCCCACUGGGGAUGCCUUCCUUUCCCCAGAAAGACUAAGCCAACUGGAGAGGCUGGGCAUGGCUAAGGACACAAUGACCCUGCCAGAGCUGCUGGAGCGGGCAAAGACAGUGCAGCUUCUCUGGACCGAGGACCAUGCCCAGGGCUGCUGUAGGGCUGCUUGCAUCCUUCAUCUGCUUCGGGAUGCAGUGGAGGAGAGGGUGAACAACACCAUGCAGGCAGCUUUCCAGACUGUGCCCUUCCUCCCUGGUACACUGCCCACUGGUGAACAUGUGCUCUUGCCAGCUGCCCAGCUCUACCAUCACCUCAAUGCCCCUCUAGCGGGACUCAUCCACCCUAUUUUGGCUCCUCAAGUGCUGGGAAAAAACUUCAGCCUCCCCAAGGACGUUGCAUCCUUCUUGGGGCUGGACCGUCAGCCGCCAGCAGCUACAGUCCUUAAGCAGCUGCAUGCACUGAGCCGCAGUUCCAACGCUCUCCCUUUGGAGAACCUGCAGACCAGCACCGACCGCUGCUACAUGUACCUGGACAUGCUGCUCCAGGGAGAUCGCUCCAUCUGGGGUGAGGUGGCUUCUGCAGCAUCCCAAGGGGAGCCCUUCAUCUUGGUGGGCUCCCGCUUUCUGCCAGUCAUGGCUGUGGCUGAGAAGUUGUCGUUUGAGGCUGCCCCGUAUCUUCACCAGCUCCCAGAGCAGUACCGGUCCUACAGCCAUCUCUGGGAGUGUGUGGGGCUGCGCCACACGUUCACAUGGGAUGAUUAUGCCCAAGCGCUCUGCAGCCUGGCGAAGAUGCAUGCUGGAGAGCCACUGCCUGCCACGGAGCUGGCUCUGGCCUUGCGGCUGGUGUCUUGUGGCUUGAUGGCAGAUGACAAAGAGCCGGAUGCCUACCAGGCCCAGCAACUCUUUCUGCCUGACCAGGAGGGCGUUUUGCGUCCACAAGACAAGCUCUACUUCAACGAUACGCCGUGGGUGCCAUUGGACAGAGAUGUCCCGCUGUGCCAUGAAAAGCUGUCCCGACACACGGCCCUGUGCUGUGGGGUGCCUACCACACGUCACUGGGCACUGGAGAGGAUCCAGCUGCCCACUGCAGAUCUCAGCCUCUGGGCAAAGCCAUUUGGUGCCCAUGAAGACUUGCCUACACGUCUGAAGAACAUAUUGGCUGAGUACCCAGCAUGCGCUCGUGAUAUGGUGACAGAGUUGCUCCAGAAUGCGGACGAUGCUGGUGCGCAGCUUGUACACUUUGUGUGGGACCGCCGGCAGCACCCAGUGCGUACCACUUUCAGUGAGAACUGGAACAACCUGCAGGGCCCUGCCCUCUGCAUCUACAGUGACAGCCCCUUCCAGCAGCAGGACAUUGAAGGCAUUCAGCGUCUGGGGGUGGGUGGCAAGCAAGGCCGGCAGGAUGUGACAGGCAAAUAUGGCCUUGGCUUCAACACUGUCUUCCACUUUACUGACUGCCCAGCCUUCCUUACUGGAGACAGUGCCCUGUGUGUCUUUGAUCCCCAUCAAUGCUACGUGCCCAUAGCCACAACGGAAAGUCCUGGUGGGAUGUUCGCUGUCAACCCUGAAUUCAAGAGGAACUUUCCGGACAUUUAUGGCACCUUCCUGCCCUCCCUCUUCAACCUGAACCAGGGUGUCCUUUUCCGGCUGCCCCUGCGCACUGCAACUGGGGCUGCCACCUCCAGGGUGUCUGACCUGGUCGUGCGGGACCAAGACAUCAGGGACAUGGAGACAGAACUGGCUGAGAAAGGUGAGGACUUGGUGCUCUUCCUCCGGCACCUCCGCACCGUGGUUUUCUCUGAGAUCCCCCCACAUGGGAAGCAGCUGUUGGAGAAGCUGCGGGUGACCACAGAGCUGUCAGAUGGCGAUGCAGAGCUGAGACGGGAUUUUCAAGCGAGAUUGAGCCAAGGCACGGAUGGGAACAGCCCCAUCUCUGUCUCCUAUAUCGUGACAGUCAAAACCAGCAAGGCCAGGGACAGUACCGUGUGGAGGGUGGUCUCCCAAAUUGGCGUUCAGGAGGGGGCUGAGGAGUCUCCAGUGCGUGGGCGGCUGCCCUAUGGGGCUGUGGCUGGCUGCCUGAAGCCAUUGAGUUUACACAAAGUCAUGGGCAAAGCUUUCUGCACCCUCCCACUGCCGCUGACCACAGGGCUGCCUGUACACAUCAACGCCAACUUCUCUGUGGAUGCGGCCAGACGCAAUCUCCGCCAGGACAAAGGCAGCACAGAGGCAGCCUGGAAUUGCUUCUUGCUCCGGCACUUAGUGACUCCGCUGUACUGUGCCUUUCUCACGAGGCAGUGUGAAGCCCUGGGGCCUGAAGGACUCCAGUUCAAGUGCCUGGAGGACUGCCAGCUGCGCCUGGUCUCUCGCUACCUCCGUUUCUUCCCUGCUGUGGGAAAGGGCACUGUGACACCUGCCUUUCAGGACAUGGUGAGGGGUGUCUAUAGGCACCUCAGUCACGCACGCCUGCCCCUGGUGCCUGUGUACCGUGUGCAGCCCCCUGGCAGCACGGUGACGAUCACCUGGGCAUCUCCAGGUGGAAGGGAUGUGCUAACAGAGCCAUACUUCCUCACGGCGAAGCCUGAGUUAGAGCUCCAGGAGGUGCUGCAGCGCCUGAACAUGAACCUGGUGCCAGCAUUCACCAACCUGCGGGAGAUCUAUGAGGAGUUCAUUGCAGCCCAGGUGGGAGCUGUAGCCUUUCAGCCGGCCUCUCUCCGGCGCUUCCUCAAGGCCCUGGCACUCCCCAUGCCCUGUGUGCUGGCUGAGACACCCGUGUGGACCCCAGAGAGCUGCUCCGUCCUGUUGAAACACUGCCUGGAGCCCAGAGAUGUAGCCAAGGAAGAACUGGAAGGCCUGCCCUUGCUGGCCACAGAAGAUGGCCGCCUGAAUGCCCUCAGCAUCCACCACCCAGUCUUUCAGAACACCUUUGCCCACCUCUUCCCCCGCCACUGCCACCUCUUUGCCCACAAGUUCCUUUCUUAUUUGACCCUGCCUUGCUUUGUGAAGAAGCUCAGCCUCCUGGAGGCCGAACCGUUCAUCCGGGAGGCACUGGGCCAGCUGAACUGGACCCCAGAAGGGGAGAAGUGGCUCAAGGACCUGUGGCAGUUCUUCAGCACUGUGGUCCGCACAGAUGCAAAGACCAAAGAGGAUUUGGAGGUGAACAUGAAGUCAUUCAUAGAUCGUUUCCAGCAUAUGGCAGUGCUGCCUGUUCAGGGUGGUAAGACAGACUUGAAGCCUUUACUGCCACUCUCCUUCCUCCCCAAAGUUCUUUUUCAGUGUGCGACGGAUGUGGACAAGGUACUGCACAAACUGGGCAUCCCUGUGCUCCAGCAGUCCCUGCUGCCUUCUAGCUUUGCCCUAUUCCACCUGAAGACAAGGACACUGCAGGCCACAGAGCCCAGGGCUGUUCUCGCUCAGCUGGCGGACACCAGAGAUUGUCUCCACUGGAAGGACUUAACAAAGCAGGAUGUGACUUGCCUGCUGCGCUUUGUGCAGGGAAAACUGGAUUCGGUGGGACUGGAUCAGCUCCGGCUCCUGCCUCUCUUUCAGAAGUAUGGUGGGGACUAUGUGGCUGUGGCACCCUACCGCGACGUGCUGUUGCUCAGAAGCCAGUGCCCAGAACUGACCCAGGGUGCACAAGCCCUGUACAGCCUGGAGAAGGACAUAUUGCUGCUCACAGCAGACGAGAUCCACCAGGACCUGGCCAAGGAUUUCCAUUGGAAGAUCACAGAUGACCGGCAGCUCUUCAAGACUCUGGUGCUGCCUCGGCUGUCCCAGCUCACAGCGCAACAGCAUAUGGAAGCUCUGCGCUUGUUCUUUGCCCUGCAGACCACCCAUGACGAUGAGUUCACAGAAGAUGUUGUGGCAGCUUUUAAGACUGUGGCCUUUAUACCCGAUGCCAGUGGCGUGCUGCGCCUGGCCUCCUACUUCUACAAUAACACAACCUCUUUCCGCACUCUGCGGCUCCAACACCGCUUUGUGCCCGAGUCUUUCUUUGUGGAGCUACAUUGCAAGCAGAAAGCUGUUAUGGACUUCCUGCAUGAGGUAGGUGUCCGCACCAGCCUCUCUGUGGAGGAUUUUGUGGCACUGGCCCGGGAGAUAGAUCAUGAAGCCACUCAGGCCAGGUGCCACGCUGCAGAUCUGCAGGUGCGACAGCAGGAGAUGCUGCAGACACUGUUGGGUGACACACUUCCCUUGUCAGAGAAUUUCCUGCAGCAAAUUGCCUCAAUCCGCUUCCUGCCUCCACUGGACAUUCCCCCAAAUUUGAUGAAACUCCACCCCCCUUUCGCAGCCUGCACUAAGCCCGUAGCCCUGAAGGGCAGUGUUUACUACUGCCAAGAAGAUGUGGCUGAGCUCCUGUGGACAACAGCCACCAUCCUGCCGGAGUCCUUGGCACUCAAGAAGAACCUCCUGAAGGCCAUAGGAGUCCUUGUAGAGAUCCCCACCGCCCUGGUGGUGGCCAACCUGGUGCAGGUGUGCAGGGCAGCCUGCCAGACGAAACAGCAGGUGAAGACACGGGCCAGCGUGCUCCAGAAGGUGUACAACUUCUUGCAGUCCCAUCUGAAGGAGGUGGACACAGGGCGCCUCGCUAAGCUGCCUGUGGUGCUGGCCAAGUCAGGGAAAAUGACCGUGCCACGGCAAGUGGUGCUAUUGCUGCCGGACGAGGCUGAUUUUUACCCCUAUCUCCUCAAGCCUCACCCCUGCGUAACUGCCUAUGCAGAUCUCCUGCGACACCUUGGGGUGGUCCUGCUCCCCACACUGAGUCACUACAGCUACGUCCUGGCCCAAAUCCACCAGGAGAGCCAUGUCAGCGGGACCCUCAAUCCUACCCAGAAGAAGACAGCCCUGCUGGCCACACGGCAUUUCUUCCGGCUGCUGCGGGAUGCCACGGAGCCCCCUGACUUCUCCGCUGUGUCUGAGCUGUACUUGCUGAGCACUGCUGACCGCCUAGAGCCAUCCCACAGGCUGUACUUCAAUGACUGCGUGUCUUCAAGUACCUCUAGGGCCUUGGAGAAGACCUUUGUGUUUAUGGCUGAGCUGCCGGAGUCCAGGUGUAACACCUGGUGGCUGCUGCAAAGGCUACCGCAGCACCUGCGGCCUCAGGCCCUCUCAGAGGUGACAGAGCAGCAGCUGGAGGAGGGCAGUCUGCGACCAUGUCGCUACGGCUCUCGCUGCCCCGCGCAGAGGCGUCUGCAGACCCUUCUGGUAUCACCGUGGUUUAGGAUGGGGCUGGAGGCCCUGCUCCAGUGGCAGAGCCACAGGUCUAUGAUGAGAAUGGAGGGGGAUUGUGGCUUUACAGGGGAGCAGCUGCAAGUGCAGUGCUGUGAGGUCAUCCGCACUGUGCUGGUCCACCGUGGUGCAAGGGUGGAGGGCAGCUCCCAGCCACGGGUCAUCCACGUGUGCCGCGCUGGUGGUGCCCAGCGACUCCUCUACAUGCGGCAUGCAGAUACGGUGCUGAACCGGCACCAGCUGAGGGUCCUGGAGACGCUAGCGCAGGAGAUCAAUGUCAUCCUGGGUGGACAGCUGGAGGCUCCCGCCUUGUCAGUGCUGCGUGAAAUGCUGGUCUGCCAGAAGGCACAGGACCUGGCCUUUGUUCUGGAGGAGAACAAUGUGCCACUGGUGGGUGAUGCACCAGAGACAGAGGAGGUCAUGGCACCGGUGCUGGAGCCAAAGCUGGGGAAGAGGCUGCAGGAGGCGGCUGUGGCAAAGGGCAAGCCGGGGAAGGACCGCCACAGCCUGGUGCCAGGGGUGAAUGGCAACAGCCCGGCAACCCUGGGGCAGCUGUGUGCUGUCGAGCGGCCAAAGCGGUGCCUCUACCUGCAGCACGACACUGCGAGCACCGCCCAGCACCACUGCUGCGGACAGGAAGGCCAUGGCUCCUGUUUGUGCAAUGAGGAGGCCAUGACCCUGACUCCAUCCAUCCCAGAGGCGCAGCGGUGGCUGCGGCAGGCCAAGAGUGACCUGCAGGCAGCCCACAAUGAUAUCAGAUGCUGCUGUCCCAACUGGGUCCUCUUCAAAGUGCAUCAGGCCCUGGAGAAGGCGCUGGUGGCUGCCGUACUUUGCCAUGAUGAGGCUUUUGAGGCUCCAAUGGAGCUGGUGGGGCUGGCCCAAUGGCUGGAGGCGGUGGAGCCAAAGCUGAGAGGCCUGGCAGAGGAGGUGGAGGCGUUGCACGGCUGUGGCGUGGAUGGCAAGGCCACACAGUACCCAAGUCACCACCCCUUCCCCGUCAUCCCCAGCGAGGCCUUCCACAACGUGGAUGAGGAGGAGCUACUGAAGCGGGUGCAAGAAGUGCUGGGGAGGCUGCAGGACUAUGUGGACAGAAUGUGAGGAUGUCCCCAGAGAGGAGGCACUGGCAGCUGAGCCACGGCACCACCAUGGACCCGCCAGAGACCCACCGUGGACCUGUCUGACCUCACCGUGGACUUGCCAUAGACCUGCCACAGGCAAUUUCAAACUGUCCAGCCCUGCAGCCAGGCUGGACUAAGGCAGGAAGGUUUUGGGUCCAGAUAGGGGCCCUAGGCCACUGAAAGUCGUGGAGUAGCAUCUACCAUUGACAUGCCUUGAGAGCAGGGGAA